CACAUGGAUUACUACCCCCUUCUUCUGCUGUGGACCUGCAGCCUCCUGCCAGAUCUUCAGCUCUGCUUCAACUUCAACACAAAGAAGGUCAAGCUCCUCUCCGGGUCCAAAGAAACCCAGUUUGGCUACACCGUCCAGCAGCACGAGGCAGGAGGACGCAAGUGGCUGCUGGUCGGAGCUCCAUUUGAGUCAACAGGGAAGCAGGAGACUGGCGAUGUGUACAGGUGCCCGCUGGACACCAGCGACUCCACCAACUGCACCAGACUGAACCUGGGGAAGGUUUCUCUGGACAAUGUGUCUGAGCGGAAAGACAAGAUGAGGCUGGGAAUGACGCUCGCCUCCAACCCGAGAGACAACAGCUUCGUGGCUUGCGGUCCACUGUGGUCUCAUGAGUGCGGAAGCUCCUUCUACAGUACCGGGAUCUGUUCCAGGGUCAGCCGAAACUUCCGGUUUUCCCACACCAUCGCUCCCGCCCUGCAGAGAUGCGAGACGUUCAUGGACAUCGUGAUCGUUCUGGACGGCUCCAACUCCAUCUAUCCCUGGUACGAGGUGCAGGACUUCCUCAUCAACAUUCUGCACAAGUUUUACGUCGGCCCGGGUCAGACGCAGGUGGGGGUGGUGCAGUAUGGCUCCAGGGUGGUGCACGAGUUCGGCCUGGGUGAGUACCACACGGUGGAGGAGGUGGUUGAGGCUGCCAGGAACAUCGAGCAGCGAGGCGGCGAGGAGACGAGGACGGCGCUGGGCAUCAACGUGGCUCGCUCAGAGGCGUUCCAGCGCGGCGGGCGGCCCGGAGCCAAGAAGGUGAUGAUCGUGAUCACAGACGGAGAGUCCCACGACAGCCCGGACCUGGUGCAGGCCGUCGCCGACAGCGAGCGAGACAACGUCACCAUGUACGCCAUCGCUGUGCUAGGCUACUACAACCGCCGUGGAAUAAACCCUGAGGCUUUCCUGAAGGAGAUCAAGUUCAUCGCCAGCGACCCGGACGAGGAGCACUUCUUCAACGUGACGGACGAGUCGGCUCUGAAGGACAUCGUGGACGCGCUCGGGGAGAGGAUCUUCUCUCUGGAAGGAACCAGCAGUCAGGGCCGAGGGUUCGGCCUGCAGAUGGCUCAGGCCGGUUUCUCCUCUCAUAUAGUCAAGGACGGCGUUCUGGUCGGGGCGGUGGGUGCCUACGACUGGAACGGCGCCGUGCUGAAAGAGACCCGACACGGGAAGGUCGUCCCGCCGAAGUCCUCCUAUCAGGACGAGUUUCCAGAGGAGCUGAAGAACCACGGAGCCUAUCUGGGUUACUCGGUGAGCUCGGUGGUUUCGUCCGGCGGCCGCCAGCUCUACGUGGCCGGAGCGCCGAGGUUCAACCACACGGGGAAGGUCAUCAUCUUCACCCUGAAGAACAACGGGAACCUGACCAUCCUGCACUCUCUGCUGGGACAGCAGAUCGGGUCAUAUUUCGGCAGUGAAUUGUCCUCGAUGGACGUAGACGGCGAUGAGCAGACCGACAUCCUCCUGGUGGCGGCGCCCAUGUUCUACAGCCACGGCUGGGAGCGAGGGAAGGUCUACAUCUACACCGUCACGCCGCAGGGCUCCUUCGUCCUGCAGGGGGCGCUGCAGGUUUCCGACCGCUCUCAGAACUCGCGGCUGGGCUCGGCGUUGGCCCAGAUCCCCGACAUGAACGGGGACGGGUUCAGGGAGCUGGUGGUGGGAGCGCCGCUGGAGGACAACCACCAGGGGGCGAUCUACGUCUUCUUCGGCCAAAACAAGACCAUCCAGCAGCAAUACAGACAGAGGCUUUCUGCAGCUGGUCUGUCUCCAGGUCUGCAGUAUUUUGGUCGGAGUCUUCACGGUGUUCUGGAUGUCAACGCAGACGGUCUGGUGGACCUGGCAGUGGGAGCACUGGGAGCUGUGGCCAUUGUCUGGUCUCGCAGUGUGGUGCGGAUUCACGCCACGCUGACCUUUGAACCCGAGAAGGUCAACAUCUUCAACAAGGACUGCCGGCGAGGGGGAAAGGAGGUCACCUGCAUGUCUGUUACCGUGUGCCUCAGCAUCGAGGCCCGGACGGACGCCAGGAUGGACCCCAGGACGGACAUCGGUGUGUGGUACAGCCUGGUGCUGGACGAGAGGCGUUUUCCUCCCAGAGCAGUUGUGGAUGAGUCCCACAGACAGCAGCCCAGGACCCUGUCUGUGCAGCCUGGAGCGCAGCGCUGCGAGCACCUCGGCUUCUCCGUCCAGGAGACGACAGAUUAUGGACGUCCCAUCACGGUUGUCAUGGAGACGGGGUUGCAGGACCCAGAUGAGGGUCCAGUUUUAGAUCCGGACUGGCCGAGCACCCAAAGGACCGAGCUUCCCUUCUGGAACGGCUGCGAACAAGAAGAGAUCUGCGUUCCCGACCUCAUCCUCCACAGUCACACCGACCUCAUGGACGUGAAGCAGUUCUGCAGCUCACGGGAGGGAGCGGCCUGGUCUCUCUGCCACCAGCAGGGGGCGUCGCAGAGCUCCGGGUACGUGGUGGAGACUGGGCGGAGGAGGAUGGUGGUGUUCGCUCGCCUGGAGAACCAGGGAGAGAACGCGUACGGAGCCACCAUCAACAUCUCCAACUCCCCCAACCUGCUCUUCUCCAGCCUCAUCGUCAAGGACCAAUCAGAUAUUCAGAUUGAGUGCCACUCCCAGGACCGACUGGCCAAUCAGAGGAGCUGCAACAUCAGCGCCCCGUUCAUGAAAUCCCUGUCUCAGGUGUCUUUCCGCCUCGAGUUCGAGCUCAGCCGCUCGGUCUUCCUGGACCACGUGCGCGUCGUCAUGGAGACCAGCAGUGAGGGAGAUGACGGAUACCCAGAGGACAACAUCAACGACAUCUCCCUGCCGCUGAAGUACCAGGCUGACCUCGUCUUCACAAGAGAUCCCCACCCUCCUCGCUUUGAGAUCAGAGCGGACUCGUCCUCGUCUUCGUUCUGGGACCAGUCAGGCAGCAGCGGGCCGAACUUCAACCUCACCUAUUAUAUCCAGAACCUGGGUGUCUUCUCGGUGCCGGACGUCCAGUUCCGGGCCGAUAUCUGGGCCGUGACCCGGCGGGAUAACCAGCUAGUUGCCAUUACAGACUUCAGCAUCGACCAGCAGUCGGCCGGAUCUCACUGCACCCUGCCUCGCCUCAGAGCAGCCAAUCAGAUCACAGACGAAGACCUGACUCAUUUCUCUCAGCUGAACCACAGUAACAGCGUCAGCAUGGCGGUGCGGUGCAGACUGACGCUGCCGGCCUCCAGGGAGGUGAAGGUGACGCUCGGAGGAAAGCUCCAGCUGCCGGCUCUGCUCGCUGUGAAGUUCAGGUCUCUGGAGCUGCUGAGCGCCGCCUCCAUCCAGCUGGAGGCGAGCAGCCCCAUGUUCCUGCAGGAGGACAAGCCAGUCAGACAGAUAAUCCUGGAGCUGAGGCGGGAGGAGGAUUACAGCGUCCCGGUCUGGAUUAUACUGGGGAGCUCUCUGGGAGGCCUGCUGCUGCUGGCCUUACUGGUCCUGGCUCUGUGGAAGCUCGGCUUUUUCAACCGGCGGAGGAAACAGGAAGAGGAGGAGCAGCCGGUGGCCAAUGGGAAGGCAGCAGAGGAGCUAUAA